UCUUGCUGAUUUGUUGAUGCAGGUUGCAUUGAACAGAAAGAACGAUGGCGGAAUCAGAGGAGCCUAAAUCAACAUGUACUUUUCUUUUCAAAAAGUCGACAAAGAAAUUCUCUGCACGAAAAAGAAAAGCCAGUGACAGCGAAAAAGAUAACAGUGAUGAAGAUAACAAUGCUGUGGUCAGGCAAGAGAAGAAGACUUCUGGAGUCAACCCCAUGAUUCAGAGGACUAAGAAAGCAGAGAAAGAGGCGGUGUCAUCCAGCGAAAGUGAUGAAGAAAAACAAGAGAAGAAAGUUACAGUAGCCUACAAGUCCACACGGUCGGCAAAACCAGAAGGACCGGAGGACAUGGGUGCGACUGCAGUGUAUGAACUGGACACAGAGAAGGAUAAGGAUGCUCAGUCUAUCUUCGAAAGGAGCCAAAAGAUUCAGGAGGAGCUGACAGGUAAAGAAGAUGAUAAAAUAUACCGUGGUAUAAACAACUACCACAAAUACAUCAAACCUAAAGACUCCACCAUGGGCAAUGCGUCCUCUGGCAUGGUCAGGAAAGGUCCAAUUAGGGCCCCUGAACACUUGAGGGCCACAGUAAGGUGGGACUACCAGCCAGACAUCUGCAAAGACUACAAAGAGACAGGCUUCUGUGGCUUUGGAGACAGCUGCAAGUUCCUCCAUGACCGAUCCGACUACAAACACGGCUGGCAGAUUGAGAGGGAGCUGGAUGAGGGGCGCUACGGAGCCAACGAUGAGGAGAACUAUGAGGUGAGCAGUGACGAGGAGGACAUGCCCUUUAAGUGCUUCAUCUGCCGGGAGUCCUUUAAGAAUCCUGUCAUCACAAAGUGCAAGCAUUACUUCUGUGAGACAUGCGCUCUCCAACACUACAGGAAGUCCAAGCGGUGUUACGUUUGUAACGUCCAGACUAAUGGUGUCUUCAACCCAGCCAAAGAGCUGAUGUCCAAGAUCCAGAAGCACCAAGCCAUGAUGGACCAGCCACCCUCAGAGGAGGACGAUUAGCAGACUGAUCCCCAUCCAGCCUUCCCCCGAUCCUGUCAUCCCUUCUCUUAACGCACUGAUUCGUCCAAGGAGACAAGUAUCAGAUUUGAGUGUUUUUUGGGGGGAGAAAGGAUGUAAGCAAUUGUCAAGCUCUGUUGUCUUUUGUGAAUAUACAUUGUUUUGGGAUUAAAAAUGCAUUUUUAUCAUUCCUUAUUAUUACA